GAUACGAAAUUCGUCUGCUGUUGUCCAAUGGGAUGGUGUGUUGACAGCAGGGAUGAGGAUUUGUAUCAUGUGACGAAAUAGGAGGCCUUGGGUAGAAUCAUUGGUUGCACUUGUUGGCUUCAGCCAGCGGUGAAUAUGAUUGGUAAUGGUGUGUCAGAGAAUGAUGAGGCCGGGGCCACACAAUGCGUGACCCUGGACCUGGUGACGCCGGGCGUGGCGCCCAAGACGCCCGUCUCGCUGCUGCAGGAGAUGGCUGCAAAGCAAGGCUCCACGCCCAAAUAUGACCUGCUCCAGGUGGAGGGCGCCGUGCACGAGCCGACCUUCCUGUACCGAGCCACCGUCGGCGAGGUGGUGGCCAGCGGUCUCGGCCAGAGCAAGAAGAAGGCCAAGCACAUGGCGGCGCGCGCCGUGCUGGACCAGCUGCUGGGUCAGCGGGCGUCGGCGCCGGUGGUGCCGCCGUUGGCGCUGCCUGCGCCGGCGCCGGCAACAGCAGCAGCGACAGCUUCGCCGGCGCCACCGGCACUGCCGCCGCCGCCUGCCCCCCAGCUGGUGCUGCCCUAUGACGACGGUAUUCCAGGCAACCCGGUGGGCCAGCUGCAGGAGCUGUGUAUGUCGCGCCGCUGGCCGCCGCCCACCUACGAGCUGGUGCGCGAGGAGGGCCUGCCGCAUGAGCGCACCUUCACCAUCGCCUGCUGCAUCGGCACCAACAACAAGGAGAUCGGUGUGGGCAAGUCCAAGAAGAUCGCCAAGCGGCAGGCCUCCAGCCUCAUGCUGACCAAGCUGCGGGACAACUCGCCGGAGGACGGCGUCAGCAUCAUGGACAACGACGACGACCAGAUCGCGCAGAAGAUGACGGCGCAUUACUCGGGCCUGCGGGACAGCUGGGCACCGAAGGCGGCGUCACAGAGCGGUCUGCGGGUCAGCCAGUUCCACUGCAGCCUCAAGGCCUCCUGCGGCCAGCUCAUCACAGAGCUGCAGAAGCUGGACCUGGACGCCGGGUCGGUAGACUCCGUGAGAUUGCUUCAGGAGAUAGCCCAGGAGCAGAACUUCGACGUGACCUGGGUGGACGUUGAAGAGAAGACGACAACCGAUCAUUACCACUGCCUGGUGCAGCUCUCCACGCUGCCGGUGGCCGUCUGCUACGGCACGGGCCAGCAGCCGACGCAGGCCAAGACCGACGCCGCCCACAACGCGCUCCAGUACCUGCAGAUCGUGGUGGCCAAGUGAUGAUGCUCGGACGGUGCUGCCGUCCGGGCCGUCGGCGUGCUGGCGUGGGCCGUCGCGGCGCUGUUGUGACGCGCUGCGGGCGCCGCCGGCGCCGGGACCCGUCCCAAGCCUCCGGCGGUGCUUCUCGGGAUGGUCCCGUUCCUGUGGCCAGACUCGUGUCAGAUGCGGUCGGCGCGCGUGAGCGUGGAGGGAGCGCGCCGUCCAUACGGGUGGCCGCCGGAUGGCUGGGACCGGGCCGGUAGUGGGCUGCGGAGCUGUGACGUCACGCGUCCGCCCGGCCCGCUGGCCUGGCGGGCGGAGGGGUACAGCUGGGUCGCACCACUGGCCGCGGGUUCGAGCCGGGCCUGAUGGUAUGAAGUACGUGGGUUUGGACCCUACCAGCUGGGGUCUCGGCUCGUGAUAUAAGUGGUUAUGCGCUUGUUGUGAUGGCUGCUGUUCCACGGAGAACGACCAGAUGAUUAUAUGCAGAUGUAGAUUUUGACAUUUAACUGCCGUCAGGGCUUUAUCCGCCACGUGUUGAAAGGGACUCGUUAUGUUCGUAUUUUGUGCUGUACUUUUGCUGGAAAUGUACGCGACUACCUGU